CACUGAGCCACCGGUCCGGCAGUGAGACAAGCUCAGCUGAUCCCAGAUCCCGUGCCUAAAAACUUCACAGCUACAGCAGCCGAGAUGUGUGAGGAGUACACCAAGGAAAAAAUCAUGGAAAUAAGAAAAAAGCACAUUGGGCCCUCGUGCAAAGUGUUUUUUGCAAAUGACCCAAUCAAGAUUGUGCAUGCAAAAGGACAAUACAUGUUUGAUGAAAAAGGAGAGAGAUACUUGGACUGCAUAAAUAAUGUUGCUCAUGUUGGCCAUAGUCACCCCGAGGUAACAAAGGCUGCUUUAAAACAGAUGGAAUUGCUAAACACCAAUUCCAGGUUUCUACAUGACAACCUUGUCCGUUAUGCUGAGUGCCUUAUAUCCACCCUUCCGGAGAAGCUUUCAGUCUGCUAUUUUGUUAACUCUGGCUCAGAAGCCAAUGACCUUGCACUGCGUCUGGCACGACAGUAUACUGGCCAUCAGGAUGUGAUCACUCUAGAUCAUGCUUACCAUGGCCAUGUAACUUCCCUGAUUGAUAUUAGUCCCUAUAAAUUUCAUCAGCUGGGAAAGGAUGCACAGAAGGAGUACAUACAUGUGGCUCCUUCUCCUGAUACUUACAGAGGAAAAUACAGGGAAGAUCAUCCCGACCCUGCAUCAGCUUAUGCUAAAGACGUAGAGGACAUCAUUCAGAAAGCUCAUCAGAACAAACGUCAGAUUGCUGCUUUUAUUGCUGAGUCCAUGCAGAGUUGUGGAGGUCAAAUUAUCCCACCAGCAGGCUACUUCCAGAAAGUGUCAGAGUUUGUCCAUAAAGCAGGGGGAGUCUUCAUAGCAGAUGAAGUUCAAGUUGGCUUUGGAAGAGUCGGCAAACAUUUUUGGAGUUUCCAACUACAAGGAGAAGAUUUUCUACCAGAUAUUGUCACCAUGGGAAAGCCAAUAGGCAAUGGGCACCCAAUGUCUUGUGUUGUAACAACAAAAGAAAUUGCAGAAGCCUUUGGAGCAACUGGAAUGGAAUAUUUUAAUACGUUUGGAGGAAACCCUGUAUCCUGUGCAAUUGGACUGGCUGUGCUGGAUAUUAUUGAAAAAGAAGAUCUCAGAGGGAAUGCUACCACGGUGGGGAAUUAUUUAACUGAGCUAUUGAAUGAGCAAAAACAAAAGCAUCCUUUAAUAGGAGACAUCAGAGGAGUUGGCUUGUUUGUCGGAGUGGAUUUGGUUAAGGACAGGUUGUUUAGAACUCCUGCAACGGCUGAGGCCCAGCAUAUAAUAUAUAAGCUAAAAGAAAAACGAAUCUUACUGAGUGCUGAUGGCCCUUACAGAAAUGUCCUGAAAUUCAAGCCUCCAAUGUGCUUUAACAAAGAGGAUGCUAAACUGGUUGUAGAUGAAAUUGAUCAAUGUCUUACAGCUCUUGAAAAAGCAAUAGGAAUCCAAUCAAAUGCAGGUUUACAUGAAAAAACUUCAGCCAAGAGAAAGGUGCAUAAUGAAAAUUCAGGGGAUACUAACGCAAAAGAAAAGGAAACCUGUUCCAGCAACUCACAAGAAAGAAACCCAAAUGACCAUGCCUACAGACAAAGCAAUGGGCUGCACCCUGAGAGCCCCACAUUUACACGCAAAAGAAUAAGAACAUAGAAAAGGCAGAAAUAUUAUGAGUCGCGCAUCUUCAAACUGUUGCUGCCUUUAUAUGCUCACAACUCUCCGUUUUGGCUGCUGGGGGGAAUUGUGGGAGUUUAUGUUGUGCACACAGUUUGUUUUUUAUUCUGUAUUUGCAAUUUCAGUAUAUCAUAUUGAAAUUAUAACUUUUCUAAUUGCUUAGAUUUAAUAUGCAGGUUAAAAGAUUUUAGUGUGCUGAAUGUACUGGCCCUGCUAUAUACAAGAACAAAAUGUGAUUUCAACGGUUCGGAUACAUUAUUCUGCACGAGGGUUCCCUAUGCUAAUACACAAAUCUGAGAUCCCUGUGUACAUGAUUCUUAUAUCCCUUUUACUUGAAUAUGAACACUAUAAGCGAUAGCAUUGGGGGCAGCGGCGAUUUUCUUACUGCCUAUAGUAUUUCUUUUAUCAUCAAGUUGCUAUACAGUUUUAUAUUUCUAUAAUGAAGCCAUUCAGAGGUUUUCUUAAAUUGCAGAAUAUGGACUAUGCGCAUAAAACUGAGAAAACAUAAGCAAGUUCCAUUAAUUGAAGUGUCAGAACAUUUCAGAUACAACACAGCACUUGACAGCCAUGACUAUAAAAUAGUGCCAGAUAAGCAGAUUCCCAUAAUCGUAUUAUAGCAGAGUACACUUUACUGCUUUGUUAAAUCCAUUCAUAUGUAUAUCACUUGUUCCCUUUGUACUCGAUUUAAAACAUAAUAAAUAGAAGCUUAUUUGUUAAAUAUUGUGCAUCAAACGAAUAAACGUAUAUUUGUUUCUGUAUGUU